AUGCUUGUUGAGAAGAUCGAAGACGAGUUUCAGAUACAGUGUCAAUCGCUGUCCCGCAACCAGUGGAGUGCUGAGAAAGGCCUUGAAACCAUCAAGCGCGUGUGCCUGAAAAACGACCGCAAGGCUUCCUUGGUGUUGGCGUCUUCUGACCAGAAGCACGCUCUGGCUGCCUCGUCGGCUCUGCUGGUCUUCAGCGCCACCAGGCGCGGAGUCGACUUUAACGAUGGCUCGGUCAAAAUCGAGUACAAGUCGCUACAUGGCCACAUGUUCAUCGACCCCGAGAGUGUGAGGAACCUGGAACUGGUUCAAAACAAUCUCAACAUGAAGGGCUCCAACACCCUUCUGUCCACACUCAACUCCUGCUUCACACCCAUGGGUGUCCGACUGCUGAGGACUUCCAUUCUUCAGCCCAGCAACCAAAAGUACAUGAUCGAGAACAGGUUGGACGCCGUUCAAGUUCUCGUCCAAUCUCCCGACGCUCUGAAUGGCCUCCGAAAGAGCCUCAAGCAACUCGAUUCACUCGACUUGGACAAGCUGAUAGCAAACCUUUCCAUUCAUCAACGCAAGACCAACACUCCACAGCAAACCGAACAUCGUAUCAAGAUCCUUCUGCAGCUGCGCAAGGUCCUUACAGCCUUGCCAAACCUGUGCCGGUUGAUGCAGCCCUGCAAUGCCGAAAUCAUCAAGCGUUCUGUUGCGCUCAUGUCGAGUCCCGGUGUUCAAGCGAUUGGGCCGCUAAUUGAAGAACGAAUCAACGACGAAUCAGCUCUGGGCAACCGGGGCAACCGGAAGGGACAAGCCUCGAAGAGCGAACGGCUGUACGCUAUCAAGAGUAACUGCAAUCAACUCCUAGACCUCGCACGCGACACGCAUCAGGAGAAUGUCUCCGACAUUAUGGAGUGGGACCAUGGCAUUUGCACAUCAAUGGAGUGGGGAGAAACUGGCUACCGUUUCUCUUGCGACAUCAACGAGUUGGAUGGAAAGCCUUUGCCUAAAGGAUACACCAAUGUCGAGAAGGGCAAGCGUACCAUCAAGUUCUCGUCGUCAGACUUGCAUAAACUCAACCGCCGAAUGUUGCAAACCCAGCAAGAAGUCUUCGCCAUGAGCGACUCGAUCGUGGAAGACUUGGUCCAGUCUGUGGUGGCUCAGAUCAAUCGCCCUGAUCGAUAUGUUGGUCAGUUUCGGGACCGCAUCGAGCAUCAUUCUAACCCUGCUGUAGUCCGUCCCAAGUUCGCCAACACGCUUGUUAUCAAGAACGGCCGCCAUCCUAUCCUCGAGGCCACGCUUCCUGCCGGGAACUGCGUCUCAAACGACGUCUACGCCGCUGCUGGACCAGCACACUUCCAACUCAUCCAAGGACCAAAUAUGUCAGGAAAGAGCACCUAUCUCCGUCAGAUUGGUCUUUUGAACGUCCAGGCCAUGAUUGGGUGUUUCGUACCGGCCGAACAUGCACAGUUCAAGCUGCACGACGCUCUCCUGACGCGUCUUUCCAAUGAUGACUGCAUAGAAAAGUCGCUCUCAACCUUUAGCUCCGAGAUGGCCACAUCGGCAAUGAUUCUGGGCAUGGCCACAUCCAAGUCUCUGGUCAUCAUCGAUGAGCUUGGCCGCGGAACCGCACCAGUCGAGGGUGUCGGGACCUCGCACGCCAUUGCCGAGGAGCUUGCAAGGCGAAAGUGCUUCACAUUCUUCGCAACCCACUUUCGAGAGCUAGGCCAAACGCUGUGCACUCAUCCAGGAGUGGUCACCCACAUGGGCGAAGACGGAGAGUUUAGCACGACGUUUCACUACAAGGUCACUGAUGGGCCGUCCAAGGAAGACCACUAUGGUAGGAGUCUGGAUCUGGCGAAGCUGGCAUCCUUGCCCCCCUCUGCUAUGGCGAGGGCGUGGGAGGUAUCAAACAAGCUGACCGAGCUGGAGGAGAAGGGCCGUAACUCGAAACUUGCAAAUGCCGUGGCUAGUCGACGCAAGGUCAUUGUUGAGCUGGGGGGCAAACUGCGAUCUGUGCUUGAGACGUCCCGCCGAGACGAUCCCACGGUGGCGACGUACUUGGCCAAUCUCAAGGCCGACCUGGUUGCGAGUCUGCAAGACGCUCUGGAGACGGAGAGGGCCUCCUGCACCAAUGGUGCUCCUGACGAGGCCGCAGCUGGGGCAGUCGAUGGCGUGUAAGAUAGAUCAGUGUAUUACAGUUCCAUAGGCGGCCGAGAAGUGACCGCAGCGCAAACUAAGAUGUAGAAUGGUGAC